UUUUUCUUUUUUGCUUAUAUGAUUUUUGGUGAACUGUAUGCAUCAAAAGGUGCAUGUACGGCUCUUAAGGAAAAAAAUGGAAUCCUAAUCAAUCGACUUUAUCGAGAAAGAUUACUUUUUUUAGGUCAAGAGGUUGAUAGUGAAAUAUCGAAUCAACUAAUUAGUCUUAUGGUAUAUCUUAGUAUAGAAGAAGAGAAUAAAGAUUUGUAUCUGUUUAUAAAUUCUCCGGGGGGGUGGGUAAUACCCGGAAUAGCUAUUUAUGAUACUAUGCAAUUUGUACAACCAGAUGUACAGACAGUAUGUAUGGGAUUAGCCGCUUCAAUGGGAUCCUUUCUUUUGGCAGGAGGAGAAAUUACCAAACGUUUAGCAUUCCCUCACGCUUGGGUAAUGAUCCACCAACCCGCUAGUUCUUUUUAUGAGGCACAAACGGGAGAAUUUAUCCUGGAAGCGGAAGAGCUACUGAAAAUGCGUGAAACUAUCACAAGGGUUUAUGUACAAAGAACGGGCAAACCUUUAUGGGUUAUAUCCGAAGACAUGGAAAGGGAUGUUUUUAUGUCAGCAGCAGAAGCCCAAGCUCACGGAAUUGUAGAUCUUGUAGCCGUUGAAUAAAAAAUAAGUGGCAAGGAUUAUUCUAAAAAAAUACAGGAUUUGAAAUUUCAUUUUUGAAUCUUCUUACUUUCAUUUUAAUAUAAUAUCUCUAUUAGUUAAUCUAUUAAUAUCUAUUAGUUAAUCUAUUAAUAGAAUAUAAGUAAUAUAGAAUCUAAGUAAUUCACGGUUAGGAUAGAUCUAAACCAGCUCAUUAUAUAUAUAUAUUACAACUUACUAUGCCAACUAUGAAACAACUUAUUAGAAACACAAGACAGCCAAUCCGAAACGUCACAAAAUCCCCAGCUCUUCGGGGAUGCCCUCAGCGCCGAGGAACGUGUACCAGGGUGUAUGUGCGACUCGUUCAGAUCAUAUACUAAGAAGAAAAAACCAAUUUCAUUUUUUCAGUAUUGUUGAUCGGUUAAGAUAGUGUGAAUGUAGUUUUCCCAUUCAGACUAUCUUAACUUAUAUAUAUACAUUCUUUACAUUCUUCUAUCUUGUAUCAAAUUUAUGGUUUCGAUUGGUGCAAACCCAAUAGUCUUAAUUUACAAUUUAAGAUGAGAAGGACUUUCCCAUCGGUAACAAAACAAAUAUAAAGUUACCCGUUAAGCGGAGAAAAUACUAUUUCAAUUAAAGAUAAAGUAUGUCCUUAAUGAAUGAAUUUUGAUGGAUUUUGGACGAACGGAAUAAGAAGGUCAGCUACCCAGCAAAUUUUCAUAAUUAAAUACCGUUACUGUAUAACUAGAUUUCAUUGUGAAAAAAUCUACUUACUAAACUAAAUAUUGGAUGGGUAGAGCCAAAGAGUGUGAACUGUACAAGUUAACAAUAACAUUAAUUAAAUUAAUAAAAAAUGAAAAGAAAGAAAGGCUCCGGUGUAUAGAAAGGACCUGCCCGUUUCUAAAAAAAAUCAUAGAAACGAUGGAACCCACCCAUUUUUUAUAUAUGUCCUAAUUUAUUUACUAUUACUUACUAUGUUUUUUGAUAUCUAGUAUCAAUACAAUUUAUUAUUUUGAGGUUGAAUAUUU